AUUAUGCUGAUGUUUCUUUACGUAUAUACAUUUAUAUUCAUUCGGAGCAUGUUAUUAGGGUUUUUUCGCAGGACUUCCUUAUGUCAUUGUGAAAAAAGCACUUCAAGCUCAAAACGAAAUCUGUUGCUGAAUUUAUUUUACUAAUCGUAGAAGCUUUUUGUGGAUGUAGCAUGCUGAUUAUCAUCUUACAAAUCCUGUACGUAACCAGACAAUGUUUUGCGUGUCCACGUCACAAAUGGGGCCCUCCUGAUUGCACAGGUCAGUGCGAGUACUGCUAUAAUGGUGGCGUAUGUGAUGACAAAACAGGACGUUGCAUUUGUGCACCUGGAUUUGAGGGAUCCGCCUGUGAAACUGAGUGUGGUGGUAACAAGUUUGGAUUUGACUGUGAACAGGUAUGUACUAAAGAGGAUAGUCCUAAUGCAUGUGGAGGUGAACAAUACUGCUUACCGGACCCAUACGGAUGUAGCUGUGUUACAGGAUACACAGGUCUGGACUGUCUGACACCUUGUAUAGAAGGGACAUUUGGAGCAGGAUGUGCACAGGUAUGUCACUGUAAUAGUGGGACAUGCGACAGGUACACCGGAAAGUGUACUGGCAGUGAUACGACGUGUCAAUCACGGUGGACAGGAUCAAAUUGUCAAGAAUGUAAAACUGGUUAUUUUGGAGAAAACUGUGAAUUGGAAUGCACUAAAUGUACAUCAUGCCAUAGAUUGGGGUGCUUGGAAGGAUCAUGUUAUACUAAUUGGCUAAAACCCUAUUGCGAAGUCGGAGUCUUUAAUGCUACAUUUACACCAGCAAAUGACGGUUAUGUGACAGAUGUUUACUGUACAAUAUACCAUGGUGGUGCGAGAGAGGUUGACGUCAUACUUAUGGCAACGAAAGAUGACGUUAGCGAAAAUAUUACGACAUCACAAAAACAAGAUAGCCGAGAAAUUGCAUCAUAUAAAUUCUCUGUGCUAUCUGAUAUGAAUUCAACAUACACGUGCGUAAUCCUAAACGCGAAUGAAAUGGCAAAACUUGUUAUUCUUCCUGUUAUAAUAUUUCGAUUGCCUUCAUACAAUGGAAGUCUGCAGAUUGAUAUGACUACGAGUUCUGCAAUAAGUAUUAAGUGGAGUGCGUGGGCCAACACUACAGACGAAGGAGAUGGGCCUGUUAUUGGAUACAUUAUUCAUCAUAGAUUUAGCAAUGCCGAAACCGACGACUGGAAACAAUCACGAAUUCAUACUACAUUGUCAGCAACUGUUUCUGGGUUGCUGUGGGAUACAAAUUACACUUUUGCAGUGUCAGCUGUCAGACCUGGUGAUGGCGGCGAAGGUCCAAUUGGAAUGCAGCGAAUCAGCACGAAAACUCUUUGCGGAAAAGCUUGUGAAGAACCUAAGUUGAUUGCUGCUAUUUGUGGGGGCGUUGGAGCAGCCAUUUGUACUAUUGUAUUGGUUGUGAUUAUUACAAUAAUAUUUCGAAAAAGACGUCAUGGUAAAGUCAAGAAAAAUAAAACUGUAGACGAUGAAAUACACCUUAAAUCUGAUGGAGAUAUAGGCUAUGUACAGGAAAGUCUGCCACCGACGGGCAAUUUGGAUGAUGAUUUGAUGGACAGACCUUCAUCCUCAACUGCUAUUGCUAUUCCAAUUUCACCAGCUUCACCAGAUGGUGAAAUGCUCACUUACGAAAAUGUUUCAUUGAAAGCAACAGGAUUUUCCCAAAGAAUUCAAAUUUCUGAUUUGGUUCUCCACGUGACAAGGAACAUUUCAACAGGAAGGCUGCACAAAGAAUUUGACCUCUUACCUAUGGGUCAGACAAAGCCAUGGAAGAAUGCGGAAAGAGAAUGUCAUAAAACUAAGAACAGAUUCAAGAAUAUCAUUCCAUAUGACCACUCACGCGUCGUGUUGAACAAAGUGGAUGGUAACCCUGAAACGGAUUAUUACAACGCAAGCUAUAUUAACGGAUAUAUUAGCCACAAGCACUACAUAGCUUGUCAAGGUCCAAACAAAGAUUCUCUGAAUGAUUUUUGGCGAAUGAUCUGGCAACUGAAAAUUGAAGUUAUCGUCGUGCUUACUAACCUAUUUGAAGGAACAAAGGAAAAAUGUAAGAAGUACUGGCCCAAUGAUCAAGAAAAUCUCGUGUUUAAUGGCAUCAGUGUGACUCUUCAGAGUCAAGAAACAAGUGAAGAUUACACAAUUCGAACAAUUAUUAUACGGAAUGAACAUGAUGAACUACGUACCAUUAAGCAAUUUCAUUACACAUCUUGGCCUGAUAUGGGAGCCCCUAUAAAUGCAGUUGCCUUGCUAAGCCUCAUUAGGAUUGUGCGAAUCGCAAGGGCAAAUUCAUCAAUCCCAGCAGUGGUUCAUUGCAGUGCCGGCGUUGGAAGAACAGGGACCUACAUUGUUAUCGACGCCAUGUUGGACAUGAUAGAGGCGGAAGAGUCUGUUGAUGUCAUGAAAUAUCUAAGAGAUAUUAGAGACGAUCGUGUGAACAUGGUUCAGACAGUGGAUCAGUAUGUUUUUAUUUACAACACAUUGGUCGAGUUUCACCUCAACAGCGUUGUUCAGUUUCCGCUUUCGGAAUUUGCAAGUCGCAUAGCACACCUGAAAAGGUUGAAUCCUGUUACAAAGAGAACGUUCAUCGAAGAAGAAUUUCAGAUGUUAACUGCUAUUACACCACCACCACAGCCAGAAGCAAUGUCAAGCGGUCGACAAGAGCACAACAUCAAGAAAAACCGAUUUGCAAAUGUAUUGCCAGUUGACCGAUGUCGAGUGGUAUUGCUUUCGGAAAGCAACAGUUAUAUCAAUGCUUCAUUCUUGGAUGGUUACAUAAUGAGCAGUAGGUUCAUUGCUACCCAGAUGCCACUGACGGAAACUGUGGAAGAUUUUUGGAGACUAGUUAGCGACUGGAAAGCAACUACACUUGUAAUGCUGAAUUCAAUGGACAAGUCAGAUUCGACAUGCGCACAAUACUGGCAGGAUGAUGAGGGCAGUACUCAACAUGUUGGUAAUUUGAAAAUACAAUUCAAGUCGCAGGAAAGUAGAGGCGACCACAUAAUUAUCAGGAAGUUCUCCUUAACCGGUGAAGUCGAUGAAAAACGUGAACCAUUGGCUGUAACGCAAUAUCAGGUGACAGACUGGCCAGUAGGCCAAGAUAGCCCGAACAGGUUGGAAACUGUCUUGGAGAUUUAUGAAAUAGUUGAAUCAAACGUUGAUGUACAUAAGGGGCACCCAGUUAUUGUGCAUUGCAUGAAUGGAAUAGGUCGAACUGGGGUUUUUUGCGCAAUCUCUGAGACACUGGACAGGAUGAAACGUGAUGACAUCAUUGAUGUCUUUCAGCCAGUGAAACGACUUCGGCAGAAUAGGCCAGGAUUGGUGGAAAAUAUUGAACAGUACACACUUUGCUACGACCUCGUCGGAGCCUACCUACAACGCUUUGCAACUUAUUCAAACUAGAUGAGGAAUUAGCCUACUCUUAAAACGAACUCAUUUGGACUUACAUAAUCAAACGAGACCAGCACUUUACUUAUUGGAGGGCAACCAACUAGAAUAAUGGUUGACGCCAUUUGUAUACCUACUUUUAUUAAUAAAAUAGUAUAUAAUCUCCAAGUUAUAAACUUUACUAUAGGGCCUAUAUUCAGAUUCGGAAUUUCUACAAUCAAUAAAUAAUGGCUAUAGAUAAACAAAUACGAAUAAUACUAUGUGCCUAGAUACGGUUUCACCAUUAUUAUUUUAUUAAAAGAUGUUGAGCACAUUGAUUUACAAUUUUUAAGAAAAGUAAUAGAAACUAUAACCGGUAAUUAUAAUUAUAUUAGCUCUUACCGAUUAUCGUAGCUUGUAUUUAAUAAUAUCUUAAUGUAAAAGAAUUUUGGACAUUUUGUUUACUAGAGCAAAGGUAUUUCCACACUUAUCUGCUGUUUUGUUUAGUGCGGUCCAGAGGGUGACGAAAGGGGGUUCCCUGGUAAAAACAGAUACAAAUGGCAGCACAAACAAACGAAGAGUAUAGUAAUUAAUCAGACCGCAACUCAGAAAUGUUUAAUUUCAAAUGGAAGAAUACAAUUACAGUAUUUUUUCUCUUUAGGUAAUUGUGUCCUGUAUUCGAUAUAUCUAUUGUACCCUUCAUAAUUAUGUUCAACUAAACCAACAUUUUAAGUCCUCAUAAAAUAUAUAAAUUGCUCUUUUUCAUUAAACUUUUCUGUCCUACCUUGAAUAGCCAUGCAUUUAAAAUCACUUGUGGCACAAGUACAGGGAGAUUGUAAUUUUUUCUAAUCGACAGUCAAUUAUCAAUUUCUUUCAAGUAGUGACAAUGUAAUAACUAUAUUAUUUAACAAUUAGAAGAAAAAAUAGAAAAUAAACAAAUAAACAAAAGCAGUAUGGGCUACAAGUUAUCACCUUACUAUUUUUGUAAACAUAUUAUUAUUUUAGGCAUAAAGGCGAAAGCCAAGAAUAUAACAGUAAACUCUGCACAUCCAAUUUUAUACAAUUCUAUUCUUUUAUGAAAUACUUAAUAGUUGUAUAACUAUUUUUAAUUAUUUUAAUUUAGUUAUUAUUAUACUACUAAUAAACCUGGUA